AUGGAAGAGUAUUUGCAAUGGAACAUCUUAGACUUUGAAUAUCCGAACGAAUAUUUAAGGAAUCAGGCUUUGUUGACAGGAAGAUUUAAACCUCAGAAUGGACUACCUGUUGGAAUAGAAAUAUGGACCGACAAAAUUUUCAUCACAGUUCCCAGAUGGAGAGAAGGUAUUCCAUCGACAUUGAAUUACGUCCCAUUGGACUCACCUACGAAAAACCCCAGGCUGAUCCCGUACCCUAGCCUGGAAAUGAACGAACUGGGUAACUGCGACAAGGGACUCAGCACCGUGUACAGAAUCCACGCCGACAAAUGCGACAGGCUGUGGGUACUGGACACGGGAACUUUCGGAAUAGAGAACACCACCCAGAACCUUUGCCCUUACGCCCUUAACAUUUUCGAUUUAAGAACGGAUCGGAGGAUUAGGAGGUACGAAUUCAGACCCGAGGACACGAACUCCAGAACUUUCAUCGCAAAUAUAGCGGUGGACUUGAAGUUUGGGGACUGUGAAGAUGCAUUUGCGUACUUCAGCGACGAGUUGGGGUACGGACUCAUAGUUUAUUCGUACAAGGAGAACAAAUCUUGGAGGUUCAAGCACAGUUACUUCAUGCCGGAUCCCUUACGCGGCGAUUUCACCAUAAACAAACUCAACUUCCAAUGGGACGAGGAGGGAAUCUUCGGCAUGAGCCUGUCGCCUCUGUAUAGUGACGGGUAUAGGUUGUUGUUCUUCAGCCCUAUUGCUUCUUACAGGGAAUUCGUGGUGUCGACAAGAACUUUACAAAACAGUUCCAAAGUGGAGGGCAGCUACAAGGAAUUUUAUCCAUUAGAAGAACGCGGACCUGACGCCCACACCACUGCUAGAGUCAUGGACGAAAAUGGAAUACAGUUUUUUAACCUCAUAGAUCAGAACGCCGUGGGCUGUUGGAACUCGAAGAAUUCCUAUCACCCCCAAAAUUUAGGGAUCGUGUAUAAAGACGACGUUAAGUUAAUUUUCCCCUCUGACGUUAAGGUGGACCGGUACCAUAACCUGUGGAUGAUGUCCGACAGGAUGUCUGACUUCUUAAUUUCUUCCCUAGACUACAGACAAGUAAAUUUUAGGAUAUUUUACGCGCCUAUCGACGUUUUGAUCGACGACACCGUUUGUAGUAAUUAUGUUUACGUAUUAAAUGGCAAAUAUUCUGGAAAAGUAUAUAACAACCUGAAAACUCCCGGAGAUGAUGACCAUAAAAAUAACAACAACAACAACAGCAACAACAAUAAUAAUAAUAAUAAUAAUAAUAAUAAUAACAAUAAU